AGAAAAAAAGGAAAUAGUCGUGCGGCGGUGUUUCCCCUUCUUCCUCUCGGCGGCGACGCCGACUCCUCGUGAGUUCGUCCGCCGCCGCCGCCGCCACCACCUGCACCGAUCCCCAUCCAUCCCGCGAGCGAGUAGGGGCGCGCGUCGGUUGUCCGGCUGCUUCCGCGGUAUCCUGAUGAUCUCGGAGAAGAGGAUUGAUUUUGUCUGAUCAGGUGUUUAAUUUGGCACCAGAGUGGGAUCUAGGAAGUGGUGGGAAAUGGAGAAGCCGUUACAGCUUUGUCCAGGGUCAGUGAAGAUAGAUUUUGCCUCUGCCUCGUAUGCUGGCAAGGCAGAUAUCGCUGCUACCGCGGCAGCGCUCUUGCAUGCGCUUGGGCCGCCCCGAACACCUCCCUGCUAUCAGCUCCCACUGGCAAAAGUAAAUUCAUCACUGCCACUAUGGCCUCCAGUGAUAUGCCCUUCAACAUUUGCCCAGAAGCGUCCUAUGUCAUUGCCUAGCCCACCUCCGGCCAAGAAGCUGCAAGUGCAGCAGUCUUCAUCCAUGCUGCCACAAGAUUUUCCAAAGUUAGAGGUAUUGCCAGUUGAAAAGCCCACAAAGUUGCAGGUGCGGCGGUCACCGCAACAUGUAUCCCCAGCGCUGAAGCAAGAUUCACCGAAGAUGGAGAGGCCAUUGUUGCCAAGGCCUGCAACCUUUAUUGACGUGAUGCUGAGUUCUCAAAAGCCAUCUAGCGAAAUGUGGUCUGAAACAAAAGAUGUGACACUGACAAGGAAAACAAACUGCAGCUGCAAGUAUUCGAAAUGCCUGAAGCUGUAUUGUGAGUGCUUUGAAAAAGGCAGAUACUGCAUUGGUUGCAAUUGCACAAACUGUUGCAACAAUGUUAAUCAUGAGAAUGCAAGACAGGAUGCUAUCAAUGUUGCAUUGGAACGGAAUCCUGCAGCUUUUAUGCCAAAAGUUUUGAAUAGCACAGCCCACAACUGUGAGAGCAAAGCAGCAGAGGGUGAUAUUGUGGGUAAACAUACAAAGGGGUGUAAAUGCAAGAGAACAGAGUGUCUGAAGAAAUACUGUGAAUGCUUCAAAGCUAGUGUUUUCUGUUCAGAGAACUGCAGAUGUACGGGUUGCAAGAAUUACAAGAGUAAUGCAGAUAGAAUUUCCCAGAAGAACACUGUUCAUGCGCAUCAUGUGCAGAAUCCUGCUUCAAGUGGGAUGGUUGGACAAUCUGUGAUAAUUUUCCAUGCAGCAGAAAAUGACUCCAGUCUUUCAUUGGCUGCAUCUGUGAGCGAUCAUUCCAUUAACAACAACACUUCACAUGCUCUUUCGUGUUCACUCACUUCUUCUGUUACUAGAGAAGAUGCUAAAAGUCUCGUAAAAUAUGUACCACAUGAAGUUACUUACAGGCCAAGUUUAGCAGACAUCAUCCAGAUAGAAGAUGUAAAUGAGCUCUGUAAUCUUUUAAUUCUAGUGUCAAGACAAGCUGGCGCAACACUUUUAGUUACUAAUAUUUCAGAGUCAGGAAUGAAGGAAAACACCAAGAGAAAAAAGUUAAAUCGAGUAGAUAGUUGCCUUUCUUCCACAAACCAUGAUAGAGAAGCAAUUCAGAAAGAACCAGCUAAACAAAUGUGUUCACUGGAGAAGAGCUCAAACGAAGUUCUUAUUGCUGAAGGUAGGCUGGAAUUGCCAAGAGCCGACCCUUUUGAUAUACAGAAGGGUAACAAGAGGCCUCUGUCUCCUGGAACCCAGGCACUGAUGUGUGAUGAGCAAGAUGCAGUUUUCCAGGAUUCAAAAGCUCCAGAUGCAACCCCCUCAACCACAGAAGAGAAUCUGGUAGACAUUUUCAAAGAGCAAGAGAAGCGUGUAUUGACAAAUUUCCGUGACUACCUUUGUAAGCUUGCGACCUGCGGAAAAUUGCAAGAACUGAAGCUCUCUUUGGCAUCAACAAAUUGCAGCGAACAAGCCUUUGCCGACCACGGUAACAAUUCCUCCAUAACAAGGGUUGCGAAGGUAACCAGGAUCAGACAAACAAUCCCUCAGUUCUCCAGCAAGGCGGCAAGCACUACCGCUCUGGACGUCUGAUCCUUGCUCGGACCAAAAUCGGCAAUGCUGGCAUUUGGAAACUUAUGGGGCAGAAGAGCCCUUUGCACAAUGGCGUCGACAAGUGCUGAGUGCAUGGGCAAACCUGACGAUACCUCCAGUGGCGCUAUCACAACUUGAUUGGCAACUCUGGUAUAAAUUGAUUUGGGCCCUUUCUUGGGUACUACAUUUUCCCACUGCCUUGCCAUGUAAACUCUCGGUGACGACAUGAGCGGUUCUGUUCAUCUUCCAACGUAAUCAGUCGAAUUGCCCUUUUUCCCUACUAUCAGAGUUCAUGAAUCCAUGGAACGGCUGAAUUGACAGGAUUGAACAGAACGUGCUAGUGGUGAUGGCAUUUGACAAGGAAGUAGUAUUGCAUAUCUUUUUCUGAGCAAGAUUUUUAUUAGCUAGUUACCCAUCUGCUUCUCAUGAUCUUUAGCACCCAAAGGGCACUCAUGAUUACAAUUUCAGUUGACAAAGAACAUGGCGUGCCAACGUAUUUGAUUAGCAUAUUAUUACAAUUUCAUACCAGGUAUAAAGUAACUACACUUUCCUGCAUAUGCCAUGUUCUUUGUCAAAUACCUGGUGCUUGCCUGUUAUACGUUUUAGCACUAUGUAUACUAGUAAUAUGCCCGUGCUAAACGCUACGGUGCAAUUCCAUUGUCUUUAAUAACUUUUAAAAUUUCAUGUUGGGAAAAAAAUUUAUAUGAUAUGUUCA